CUGCUGCAAUCAUGUGGAAAAGCAUAGGAUCAGUGGGACCAGCACUGGAGAAAGUGCUGCCAACACUGCUGUGUGUGAUGGAGGACUGGCCUGUGCACAGCGCAUCCACCUCCGAUGGGGAUGACACAGAUGUCUUUGCCCUGGCUGCAACUCUGGUGAUCUGGGUGAUUGUGUCUGAAUGCCACAAGGCCAUGAUCCCUUAUUCUGGGCGACUGUUUGUGGCUCUGCUCUUCCAUAUUGUCAUCACCACACAGCAGAUGCCACCAGAGGAAGCUGGGCACUUUUGGAAAGCAUGUCGGGAGGAACACCGCCUUCCCAGGAAGCCCAGCAGGUUUGCAGUGCAGGCCAUGAAGGCUCUGCUCUACCGCCUGCGGUGUGACAAGGAGGUGAUGGCUGUGGAGCGCAAGCGUGGCUGGGACACGCUGCUGCGUGCUCACACCCAGCACUAUGCCGUGGGUCUGCUGGCCAGGGAGAUGCGCCGUAUCUUUAUCCCCUUUUGUUCCCUCAUUGCAUUACAUCUACUGAAGGAGCUCCACAGGGCGGACCCAUACUGGGAUCUGCCCUUCCUGGCAUUCCUUGUGGAGGUCUUUGAGUGCUUGGACUUGUGUAAAUGUGGUGACAGCAUACUGGAGAUCAUGUCAAGGUGCCUGCAGAGCGAGUGCAGGGAGAGGCGUCGCCUGGCGCUCAGGGCCCUCAUGGUGCUCAGCAAGGAUCCCUUGAGGGCCAGAAGAAUGUGCAGUCUGUCUAAAAACCUUGUGGAGCUGCUGGGUGAUGCAGAUGGAUAUGUUGUCAGCAUGACCCUCUCUGUGCUCACAAAUAUACUUGAGAAUGACCACAUCCUGAUAUCCAGCACCACUGCCCCGCAGCUGGCUGAGGCACUCCUGCCACUCUUUGACUGUGACGACAUCCAUAUGCAGCUGCUCUCCCUAAACCUCUUCUUCAAGGUGAUGGACUUGGUAGUGAAGAAAGGAAAAAAGCCCCUGAAGAGAAUUGUGAAACAGAGCCUGCUGCCACUCUUCUUUCAUUGCCAUGAUGCGAACGAGCGUGUGGCAAAAGCCUCUCGUGAAUUGCUGCUUUGUGUGGUAAGGUUCCUGAGGAGAAGGAAGCUCAAGCAACUACUUAAGAGGGAGAAGAUGUUGAAGUUUGGCACCAGCCUGCUGGCAGAGGACACGAGCCGAGCGGCCGAGCAGCUGCGCCGGGCCCAGCGCUACCUCCAGAGCCCACAGGAGCCCCUGCGAGAGGCGGCCAUCAGGUUCAUGGCCAUUCACACCCGGAAGAAAGGCUGUACAUCCCACUGUAGCAGGAAUAUUCAAGCACAGUUUACAAGUCGAGUUGAAGAAUUAAGUUCAUCUUCAGGAUCCAGUGAAUCAGUGUCCUAA